AUGCCUGACGUGUUGAGCAUCGCUGUGUGUAUGCCAGACGGCGUGACGUUGUCGGAUUUCAUACCGCCCAUGGAAAUCCUCGCGAUGGUAAAUCUUGCGGACCAUCCAGAGAAAGGAACCGACUUGCGCGAAGCCAUGGGUGGCGAUCUUCCUAUCCGAUUCACGAUUGACUACCUCGCGGCGUCGUCCGAGUCCGUGGUUCCCCUUCUAGGAAGUUUGCUACCCUCUAUCAAACCGACGCUGAGCUAUGGCGAUGCGUUAGAGAAAGGAAAGCAGUUCGAUAUAUUAUGGGUCCCCGCUGGUCGCAACCCGAAUUUUGCCACUGGCGCUCAUCCAUUCCCCGAGAUUGAGCUGGCAUUCAUCAAACAACAGGCUCUCAAGGCCCGAUAUGUGAUGUCUGUGUGUACAGGGGCUCAUCAGCUCGCCUUGGCCGGUGUUCUUUCCGGGAAGCGCGCCACAACGAACAAGCAGUUCUUCAAAGGGAUUGUAUCCACAUCACCUCAGGAUAUUACUUGGAUCGCGAAAGCGCGAUGGGUGGUUGAUGGCAAACAAUGUUUUUUAUCUUUGUCUAAAACGUUUAUCGAGCAACUCACCAACAAGAAAGUUACCCAGAAACUUCGAGGGGCUGUGGAGAUCCCUGAAGUCUCUGGAAACGAUGACGAAUUUGCGGAUUUCUGGGGAUUACUGCAGUCGGAGGUACCUUACGAGAUGAAUGUGUGCGAAUGA